CAGCCUGGACCAUUCAGGGGAGACCGCAGGCAGGCAGGGAACAGUGCUGUAGUGUCUGCAGGCUCCCGGCUUCCCCUCCCACCUCCAUUUACAGCAUUGGAAAAAAAGAAAAGGAUUGGGCUUGAGACCACAAGCUGGGAGCCAGCGGAGCUCCAAUAGUCUGCCGGCUUCGUUGCUGGUCCCACUUUUCCACGUGCCUUUUGAACAUCUCUUCUCGGAAAGAUGUCUCACGUUCACCCCACGAACGGCUCCAUGCUGCCAGCCACGCAUCCUCCUGAACAUCACCACUCAACGGCAGCCCCAGGACAUGGUCAUGGAUCUGACAUGAUGAUGAUGGCAAUGACUUUCCACUUCAGCUAUGAGAAUGUGCCAUUGCUGUUUUCUGGACUUAUAAUCAAUUCUCCUGGAGAAAUGGCUGGUGCUUUUGUGGCUGUCUUCUUUCUGGCCAUGUUUUACGAAGGCCUUAAGAUCGCCCGAGAGUGUCUGCUCCGUAAAUCCCAAGUCAGCAUUCGCUACAACUCCAUGCCAGUGCCAGGUCCCAAUGGCACCAUCUUGAUGGAGACACACAAAACCGUUGGACAGCAGAUGCUGAGCUUCCCUCACCUCCUGCAGACGGUGCUGCAUAUCAUCCAAGUUGUCGUCAGUUAUUUCCUCAUGCUGAUCUUCAUGACGUACAAUGGAUACCUCUGCAUAGCCGUGGCGGCAGGUGCAGGAACGGGCUAUUUCUUCUUCAGCUGGAAAAAGGCAGUUGUUGUGGAUAUUACGGAGCACUGCCAUUAACUCUGGACACUGCCCAGAAGCCUCCCCACCCCACCGCUCCCUUGAAGUGCAGACAUCAUGAGGACUGGAUCAUUCCUAAGCUGAAAGAGAAAACAAUAACAAGAAAAUCAAAUGGAUUUCACCACAAGUUCUGAGAUGGGACACAGGACUGUGAGGAGCUGGGGUUUGCUGCUCACCCCUGCUGCAGGCUGGCAGUGGGGUUGACUCUCGAGGGUCCCUUGGUAGCCGUUCUUGGCUAGGAUUUGCUUUAUUCUUAGAUUAUGCUGUGAUUGAAAUUAGUUGGCUGACAGAAAUGUAGAAAUUAUUCUUUAAAAACAAAAGAAAGCAUUUUAUUUUUAAAUUGAAAUGCUCAUCUGUGAGGGUUUUAUGAACUGUAGGCGACGAUCAGAGCUGCCAACAGAGCCUAUGUGUGCAAAUAAUGGCUAUUUUAAUUUUACUUUUCUCAAUGUACAUGGUGCCAGGGAGGAGAUCUCCCUGGCAUUGUGGCUUUUUGGGGCCAAUGAUGCCUUCUGAUGCAGAAGGACUCAGCCUCUGAGGAAGAUUCGGUGCUGCACAUCAGACACGCUCAGGUGUGUUCUGGCAAGGGAUAUUUCGACAUAAGUGUGAGCUGUGUGCUUUGGGGCUCUGGAUGAGUCUGUCCUCCACGCCCGCGCUGUUCUUUUAAAGCACCCAGCAGCUCUCCUCAGCUUCCAGUGACAUUUGGGCUUGGCUGCUUCCAGUUCCCAAUUGUGGACAUGGAUGGAGUAGACACAGGAAGACAAUUGCGUAUUCACAGGGCAAAAAGACUAUAAAUAAACCAUUGAACCCGUUGAAUUGCACCAGAACGGACCUAAAGCUCAACAUUUGGUUUACUGGAACUGGUUCUGUAAAUGAGGCAGGAGCUCAGUAACAAUUUGGUGGCACUAAAGGUUAAAAUGUGUGCAGAGGGCAUUUUGUGACAGAGAUGAAGGAAAUAAAACAAGUGCGUUCCCUUGAAGGUGAGAUUUGGGGAAGAGAAGAAAGAAAAGGUAGGACUAGAGCAGCUUCAGUCUCAUCUCAGGUGAAACUUAGAGCAGUUUGAGCUGAUUAAAAACUAUUCCUGAUCCAAAAUACUCCUCUUUGUCUUAAUAAUCAUG